CGAACCUGAAAGGCCUACCCUUAAAAUCAAACCAAACCAAACCCCUUUUCUCUCCCACGAAGCUUUGCAAACAAGAAGAAGAAAAGGAAAAGCUGAGUCGACGCGACCUUUCUCUUCUUAGCAGCAUUAUAAUUUAUAUAUAUAUAAACGAUCGCUCUCUCUUCGUCUCUUCGUUUCUUGCUUUCAUUCUAAAUUAAAGAAAAUUUCCAGAAAUUUCGCUGUUUUUGUUCAUCUGUAUAUGCGCGUGUAGAGAGAGCGUGAUUGUUUUCAAUUUGAUUUAUGGCUACUGGAGUUGAGUCGUCUUCGCCGGAGACGGAGAGGGUUGCGGUGGCGCUUGAUUUUCCGAUAAGUGAUGCGCUGUCGUUUAGUUCUCCGCCUAGAAUACCUAGAAGGCUUCGGAAAAGACUGUUGGAGGCUAGGACUCCAUGUACUGUUGAAGAAAUUGAAGCUAAACUUCGACAUGCCGAUCUUCGUAGACAGCAAUUCUAUGAGAAGUUAUCAAGCAAGGCAAGACCAAAGCCUAGAAGCCCAUCACGGUCUUCAUCUCAUGACGAAGACCUUGGCCAACGUCUUGAAGCCAAACUUCAAGCUGCAGAGCAGAAAAGGUUGGACAUUCUGGCAAAGGCCCAGAUGCGCCUUGCUAGGCUGGAUGAGUUGCGUCAGGCAGCAAAAAGUGGGGCAGAAAUGCGAUUUGCAAGAGAAAGAGAGAGGCUUGGUAUGAAAGUAGAAUUGCGGGUUCAGCAAGCAGAAGCAAAUAGAAUGCUUAUACUGAAGGCUAAUAGGCAAAGAAGGGCCAGCCAAAAGGAGAGAAUGUCCCAAUCAAUAUUGCGGCGAAUGGCUCGGGAAAGCAAAUACAAGGAGCGUGUGCGUGCUGCAAUUCACCAAAAGCGUACAGCUGCUGAGAGGAAGAGAAUGGGAUUGCUGGAAGCAGAAAAGAAGAGGGCAUGUGCUAGGGUGUUGCAAGUAAGGCGAGUGGCUAAAUCGGUCUCUCACCAACGCGAGAUUGAGAGACGGAGAAUGAGGGACCAUUUGGAAAAUCGGUUGCAAAGGGCAAAAAGGCAAAGAGCAGAAUAUUUGAGGCAGAGAGGAAGGCAACAAAAUUCUGUUCGAGUGAAUUGGAAUCGAAUGCACAAGCAGGCUGAUCUUCUAUCCAGAAAAUUAGCAAGGUGCUGGAGGCAGUUCCUUAGGUCUAGGAGAACUACCUUAGACUUGGCAAAAAAUUAUGAUGCCUUGAAAAUCCAUGAGAGUUCUGUCAAGCCAAUGCCAUUUGAACAGCUUGCUCGAUUGAUUGAAUCUGCUACUACCCUACAGACUGUUAAAGCUCUACUUGAUCGACUAGAAAGCCGCCUUAGAGUUUCCAGGGCUGUUGGUAGUAAUCAUUCAAUCAGUUUAGACAACAUCGAUCACCUUCUAAAAAGAGUAGCCACCCCAAGGAAACGGGUUUCUACUAGGAAUUCUGUGAGGAGCAGAGAGGCAAAGAAAGUAGGUGCUGUUAGGGAGGCAGCUAGAAGUCCAGCUAAAUCAUCAAGGUAUCCUGUGAGAGUAGUUCUUUGUGCCUACAUGAUUCUGGGUCAUCCAGAUGCUGUUUUGAGUGGUCAAGGGGACCGUGAGAUUUCUUUGGCCAAGUCUGCUGAAGAAUUUAUACGACAGUUUGAGUUGCUAAUAAGAAUUAUACUAGAUGGUCCCAUACAGAGUUCUGAUGAGGAAUCUGACUCCAUUUCACCAAAACGCUGUACCUUUAGGUCUCAGCUUGCAACAUUUGAUAAAGCAUGGUGCUCCUACUUGAAUUGCUUCGUUGUGUGGAAGGUUAAGGACGCCCAGUCAUUGGAGGAGGAUAUGGUGAGAGCUGCUUGCCAACUUGAGCUUUCUAUGAUUCAAAAAUGCAAGCUGACACCAGAAGGGGAUAGUGAUGCUCUUAGUCAUGAUAUGAAAGCUAUUCAGAAACAGGUUACUGAAGAUCAAAAGCUUUUGAGGGAAAAGAUACAACACCUGAGUGGAGAUGCUGGGAUUGAGCGUAUGGAACAUGCUCUAUCAGAAACACGAUCUAAAUACUUUGAAGCAAAGGAAAAUGGAAGUCCAGUUGGGUCACCAAUCACACACUUCCUUUCUCCUGUCACAUCUAGCUCCCUUGUUGGUCCUUCUGUUGGUAGCUCAGCUUGCACAAGUGAUAUGGUUGAGAGUAUUGAGAGGCCAAACCAUGUAGUUCGCUCCUUGUUCAGAGACAAAGAUGCUUCCCAACCCAAAGGAUUUAGUUCCCCUGCAAUUAUCAGCAGCCAUUUUGAUGGUCAGUUGGGUUCUUCUGUUGACAAGUUUAUAUCAGAGAAUGAAUUGAUUGUAAAUGAGUUUCUCCAUGAGCGACAUCAUAGCAUUGUUGAUGUCCUCAAUACUGACAAAGAAAACAUUAUCAAGGCAAAAAUAAGAGAGACAAUGGAGGCUGCCUUUUGGGAUGGUGUCAUGGAAUCCAUCAAACAGGAUGAGCCAUGCUAUGAUCGGGUUGUUGAACUUGUGAGGGAGGUGAGGGAUGGAAUUAGUGAGAUGGCUCCAGAAAGCUGGAAACAACAGAUUGAUGAAGCUAUUGAUCUAGAUAUUCUCUCUCAGGUGUUAAAGUCAGGUACACUGGACAUUGAUUAUCUUGGAAAGAUUCUAGAGUUUGCAUUCGGUACUUUGCAAAAGUUUUCCUCUCCAGCCCAUGAGGAGGAAAUGAAAGUUACUUAUCAGAAAUUAUUGAAAGAGUUGGCUGAGACAUGUGAAACCCGAGUUGAGUCAUCGUGUUCCCAUGCGCUUGCAAUGAUCAAGGGUGUGCGCUUUGUAUUAGAGCAUAUUCAGGCUCUUAAGCAAGAGAUAAGCAAAGCACGUAUAAAAAUGAUGGAGCCUUUGUUGAAGGGACCUGCUGGUUUGGAUUACCUGAGAAAAGCUUUUGCCAACCAUUACGGAUCUCACUCUGUUGCACGUACUUCUCUGCCUUUGACCAUGCAGUGGCUUUCAUCUGUGAGGAAUUGCAAAGACCAGGAGUGGGAAGAGCAUACCAACUUCCUCUCGGCUUUGAUAAACCAUGGAAGUUCAUCUCAGGAGUUUCUUCCUUCCACUACGCUUAGAACUGGUGCAAGCUUUAUGCUCAAAACAAAAGGAAGUGGAACUGCUGCUACUUCAUCUGCCUCAAAUACCACAGGUGGUCAGAAAACAGAACCGGAAUGCAAUGGUGAAAGAAUUGAUUUGUUGGUGAGGCUUGGAUUGUUGAAGUUAGCAAGUGGGGUUUCUGGCCUAACACAAGAAGUUCUGCCUGAAACCUUCAUGCUUAACCUGCCUCGUUUAAGAGCUGCCCAGGCUCAAAUCCAGCAGAUCAUAGUAAUAUCAACUAGCCUUCUUGUUUGCCGGCAAACACUCAUGAUGGAGCAAGUAGUAGCCAGUGGUGCAGACGUGGAAGGCAUAUUAUUGACGUGCACCAAGCAAUUGCUGGAGCUCUUAGAUAAUGUUGACGAUGUAGGUAUUGAGCAGAUUGUAGAGAUAAUAAGUGGGUUCUCACAAGGUGACAGGGCAGCAGACCCUGAGAAACUUCAAUCAAGGAAGCUUGUCAUGGCUAGGAUGUUAGCGAAGAGCUUGCAAGCUGGGGACCCUAUUUUUGAAAAGGUCUCCCAUGCUGUUUAUUUGGCCAUAAGAGGAAUUGUACUAGGUGGCAGUGGGCCUCGGGGAAGAAAACUAGCAGAAAUGGCACUCCGGCAAGCUGGGGCUGUCAUGCUGGCUGAAAGGGUAGUGGAAACGGCUGAAAUAUUGGUGGUGGCAGCCACUGUGUCUGUUACUGUACAUGGGCCAUGGUAUGUAGAUCUGGUUGAUAACAUGUGAUGGAAUUAGUGGUAGAGAAUAAUAAAACGCCUGUAAAUAGUAGAUUGUGCGUGUAUGUGUGCAAAGGGCGUCUGUAAAUGGAAAAUAAUACUUGAUUGUAAACAUUCUUCAUUGAUUGUAAUGUAUGAUUCUUUGACGUAGUGUAACAGUUGUAAAUAGUA